AUGUUGAUAACCCAUGGGGGAGCGGGCACGUGUCUGGAAGCACUUAGUCCCCCAGGACGCCGCAAAGUCAUCAUUGCUAUGAAUCAAAACCUUAUGGGAAAUCAUCAAGCUGAGUUGGCUUUUACUUUAGCCGCAGGAAAACAUGCAAUUGUAACCACUCCGGAUGAUCUAAUAAAUUUUUUUCUUACCGGUGUCUCAGGCGUUGAUCCGUCCUAUCCUAUACAGCUUCAACAACGUGAGUUGUGUCAUCUACUUGGCCCUCAGACAUUGCCUCAAGAUGCCGGCUUCGAGCCAUUUCAUCAAGGAGAUCCUAAAAAAUUAAUAAACUAUCUGGAUAUGCGAAUGAAUAUCGCAUCAUUGCUCUUCAGUUAG